CUCACCGGACACUUCGGAGGCCUUCUUAAACCUUGUCCUUCCGCGCCGCCUCAGAUUCGCCUCCCGGCUCGCCGGCCCCGCCGCCUCCCCCCCAUGCCACCUUCCGACUGAAGCAAGCAAUUCUCGUCUCCCAGGCGUUCCUUCUCCUUCUCCUCUCCCCGUGGACCAGAGAUCCACCGGAACUUGCUUCUCGCCUCCAGCCAUGGCGGAUCUGCAGGAGCCGCUGGUUCGAGGAAAGAGGAAGAAGGUUUUGGUGGACUACUUGGUGCAGUUCCGAUGGAUCCUCGUCAUCUUCGUGGUCCUUCCUAUUUCAUCUCUGAUCUACUUCAACAUCUAUCUGGGCGACAUGUGGUCUGCCAUGAAAUCGGAGAAAAAGCGCCAGAAGGAACAUGAUGAGAACGUGCAGAAAGUCGUGAAGCGGCUCAAGCAGCGCAACCCGAAGAAGGAUGGCCUUGUUUGCACAGCUAGGAAGCCCUGGAUCGCUGUCGGCAUGCGCAAUGUGGACUACAAGCGCGCUAGGCAUUUCGAGGUCGACCUCUCUGCCUUCAGGAACAUCCUUGAGAUCGACACGGAGAGGAUGGUUGCCAAGGUUGAGCCGCUCGUCAACAUGGGACAGAUAUCCAGAGCUACCUGCCCGAUGAAUGUCUCCCUCGCGGUGGUUGCAGAGCUUGAUGACCUGACUGUUGGUGGCCUCAUCAAUGGUUACGGGAUUGAAGGAAGCUCUCACCUCUAUGGCCUCUUCUCCGACACUGUCGUUGCACUGGAGAUCGUUCUCGCAGAUGGUCGGGUUGUUAGAGCCACCAAGGACAAUGAGUACUCUGACCUUUUCUAUGGUGUCCCUUGGUCCCAGGGAACAAUUGGGUUUCUUGUUUCAGCUGAAAUCAAGCUCAUCCCCAUCAAGGAAUACAUGAGGCUCACAUAUACACCAGUGAAGGGGGAUCUCAAGGAGAUCGGGCAGGCUUAUGCCGAUUCUUUCGCACCGAGAGAUGGUGACCCUUCAAAGGUCCCAGACUUCGUCGAAGGAAUGGUGUACACUGCAACAGAGAGCGUCAUGAUGACCGGCGUGUAUGCCUCCAAAGAGGAGGCUAAGAAGAAGGGUAACAAGAUCAACAGUGUUGGGUGGUGGUUCAAGCCAUGGUUCUACCAGCAUGCGCAGAUGGCGCUGAAGAAGGGCGAGUUCGUCGAGUACAUCCCGACAAGGCAGUACUACCACCGCCACACUCGGUGCCUGUACUGGGAGGGGAAGCUCAUCUUGCCCUUCGGUGAUCAGUUCUGGUUCAGGUACCUCUUUGGCUGGCUGAUGCCUCCGAAGGUGUCCCUGCUCAAGGCCACCCAGGGUGAGGCCAUCAGGAACUAUUACCAUGACAACCAUGUCAUCCAGGAUAUGCUGGUGCCCCUGUACAAAGUUGGAGACGCUCUUGAGUUUGUUCACCGGGAAAUGGAGGUGUAUCCACUGUGGCUGUGCCCUCACCGUCUGUACAAGCUCCCCGUGAAGACCAUGGUGUAUCCAGAACCAGGGUUCGAGCUCCACCAGAGGCAGGGCGACACCAGCUACGCGCAGAUGUUCACCGACGUGGGCGUGUACUAUACCCCGGCCUUCAUCUUCAGGGGCGAGGAGUUCAAUGGCGUGGAGGCGGUGCGGAGGCUGGAGCAGUGGCUGAUCGAGAACCACAGCUACCAGCCACAGUACGCGGUGUCGGAGCUGAACGAGAAGGACUUCUGGAGGAUGUUUGAUGCCUCGCACUACGAGCUCUGCCGCCAGAAGUACGGCGCCGUUGGGACCUUCAUGAGCGUCUACUACAAGUCCAAGAAGGGGAGGAAGACCGAGAAGGAGGUGCAGGAGGCCGAGGCCGCCAUCCUCGAGCCGGCCUAUGCCGACGAGGCCUAGAACCUUUUUCGAAUUCUCUGGCGUUCGGUUUGUCAAGCUCAGUCUGGCAGAGAUGUUUUUUCUGAACCCUGAACUACCUACCUACGCCCCCUUUGCUCAGAACUUGAUCGUGUUAGUUUUAAUCUGUAUGCUCGCUAUCGUUGUCGAUGCUUAGUUACUUGGUAUGCGACAUUUGACUGGAAUAAUCAGGAUUGAUCCUUUAUUCAUUCAUCAAAUUGCUUAGAACUUUAAUCAGGAGGAUUUUGUGUAUGCGACAUUUGACUGGAAUAAUCAGGAUUGAUCUUUGGUGAA